CAAUCCCUUCUUCUCCGACCUCCUCCCAUCCUCAGCAGCCAGCAAUGUCGGGCCGCGGCAAGGGAGGCAAGGGGCUCGGCAAGGGCGGCGCCAAGCGCCACCGCAAGGUGCUCCGCGACAACAUCCAGGGCAUCACCAAGCCGGCGAUCCGCCGCCUGGCGCGCCGUGGCGGCGUCAAGCGCAUCUCCGGCCUCAUCUACGAGGAGACCCGCGGCGUGCUCAAGAUCUUCCUCGAGAACGUCAUCCGCGACGCCGUCACCUACACCGAGCACGCCCGCCGCAAGACCGUCACCGCCAUGGACGUCGUCUACGCGCUCAAGCGCCAGGGACGCACCCUCUACGGCUUCGGGGGCUGAAGCCUGAGGGGGGACCCGUCGGGGUGUCUAUCUGUCGGCGUGUGCUUAGGGUCGUUAGGGUUUCGGUUCUGUGCGUGAGUUGUUUGGGAGCGAUGGCAUGUAGUAGUGAUGGAAUUUGUUGCAUAUGGAUGGAUGGAUGAAUGAAUGGAUCUGGUGUUUCUAG